AUGCCUAGAUCAAAACGUUCCAAGCUGGUGACGCUGGCGCAGACCGAGAAGAAGGGCCGGGAGAACAAGGAGCGGAUUUUCGAUGAGGUGCGGCAGGCGUUGGACACGUACAGAUACGUGUGGGUGCUACGACUAGAGGAUGUGCGGACGCCCGUGCUGCAGGAGAUCCGCAGCGCGUGGGCAGGGUCGAAGCUGAUAAUGGGCCGGCGCAAGGUGCUGGAGAAGGCGCUCGGCGGGACGCGGGAGACGGAGUACAAGGAGAACGUGAGCGGGCUGGUCAAGCAGUGCGAAGGCAUGUGCGGGCUGCUAUUCACGGACGAGACGCCGGAGACGGUGACGGCGUACUUCCGGGAGUACCGCAAGGCGGACUACUCGCGCGCGAAGUCGCGGGCGCCGCUGCGGGUAGAGAUCCCUGCGGGCGUGGUGUACUCGCGCGGCGGGCAGGUGCCGGCGGAGGACGACGUGCCAAUGGUGCACUCGCUGGAGCCGACGCUGCGCAACAAGUUCAAGAUGCCAACGCGGAUCCAGAACGGCAAGAUCACGCUGGAGCAGCCAUACCUGGUGUGCGAGGCUGGGGAGACGCUGGACGUGCGGCAGGCGCUGAUCCUCAAGCAGUUCGGCGUCGCGGCUGCGGAGUUCCGCGUGAAGCUGGCCGCGUACUACGACGGCGAGGCCGCUGCAGUGGAGGAGGUGCGCAUUAAUAUGGAGUGA